AUGGAGCUGAAUUUCCACAAGCUUCAAAUCGCUAAGCUACUCUUCCUUCUCUUCUCCCUCACGCUCAUUCCCUUUGUGUCUUCGUCUCUGAGGCCCCCUUACAUCUACUUCCUCCUCAACAUCCUCAUCUUAGUACUGGGCUACGAGUCGGGGGUCCUCCAGUUCCUCGUGGAACCAACCGUGGAGAAGAAAAAGUCUGCUGGCGCGAUUGUCCCGGGACUUCCAAACGAUAUCAAUGCCAUUACCAACGGCGGUAAGCAGGUAAAUGACGUCAGUGGCCGCGAGGAAACGCCUGUUACGCUGGAGGCGACUCCUAUGGGGACAGAAAAGUCCCUGAAGAGGAGCCCCUCGAUUCAAAUGAAGAAGAGUCCCUCCGUGCCGUGCCUUUUUUUCAUCGGCGGCUGCGACGGUGACGGUACUGCGGUGGAGGCAACCGUUGCGGAGGAAGAAGAAGUGUACGAGGCGAUGGGAGAAAUUUCAGGUCAGGAAUUAUUCACGAGGGCCGAGAGCUUCAUCGGGAACUUCUACAGGCAGCUGAAGAUCCAGAGGGAGGACUCUUUUAACAGAAUCCAUGGCCUCUACCACAAACCCUUUUGA